GACCUUACAUCUGAAAGAACGAAAACUUCCACACUAUACUCCAUCGCUCUUCCACGCUCCUUACCCUCGGGUUUGCUACCCAGUUUGCCAACAUCCCUAGCCCAAUGCGUUAGCAUCUCGUUUCUCGUAGCGCGUUUGCCUGCACAAACCUCUUCCAAUAACACUAAAACCACCCCACCACCUCUCCUUACGCUAAACCCUCACUCAAUAACACCCUCCAUCCACCACCUUGCAUCCCUCCGAAAAUGCCACCCACCACACCACCCCGCUCCUCAACGCGCCUCACCGCCGCAAGCGACAACCCCCCCUCCACAUGCACAAUCUGCUUCGACCCACUCUUCCUCCCUUCCUCCUCGCCAGCCACAGAAACCACGCGCGAGCAACCCGUCACCAUCGUCAAAUGCGGCCACAUCUUCGGCCUUAACUGCCUCACGCAGUGGAUGCAAGAAGCCAACACCUGCCCCAUAUGCCGCGUGGAGUUCUUCGCAAACGAGGAGGAGGUGCCGGACUGGUUGAAGAAUGCGUAUGUGGGGAGUGUGUUCUGGCGGCCGACGCUGGAGGAGCGGAUGGAGGCGCUGAUGCGAGGCGCUGAUGCGGGGUGAGGAGGGUGUGCGGGUCAGAGUCCGAGAGGUUGGCGAGGAGUUGAGCGAGGAUGAGGGGCGGGAGGGAGGUGGGAGGAGAUAUAUUUUCGCUUGAAGGAGGAUUUGAGUA